UGUGACAUUAUGAUAUUGUUGUAUGUAUAUAUGAUUUUAAUACUUGAUGAUGUCGAAACUGGUCGGAAAUUAAAAACGACGAAAUUUGAAACAACUAGGAUGAAGCCAAGUUUUAUUUUUUCUCAACCUAUAUUCAUGUUCCCUCUAGAAUGAAAUGGAAAUUCUAGCUAUUUUUCUAGAAGUAUAAUUGAGUAUGAUCCCCUAAUAAACAAUAUGCAAUUUUUGAAUAGCAACAGAUAUUUCAACCGUUACUGUCGUGGAUUUAAGCGGCAAAAGUAUUCCACUUGCCGAUCACGAUUGCAACUUGGUGCUAGAAGGAGGCUGCGGUAAGUGGAACCUCAAGGAAUGGAUCAAGGAAUCAAACAUAAAGGACUCGAUCGACCAAUAUCCAAUGGUCAUCGACUACCGCUGGAAUGACUUGCCGGUUACCUUAACAAUGGAAGCAUUCAAGGAAAAUAUAAAUAUUUCAAAAAACCAUAAUUUCAAGAUGCAUUUUUCAAUUUUGGCACACGACUCGGCGCAGUUCCUUGUCACGAACGAUUCAACUUUAAAUAGCGGACUCAACGCUGUAAUUGACGGAUGGGGAAAACAGCAUACGUCUGUGCUCAGAUAUUGCACCAAAAUUGAUGGUACUUUUUCGGACACCAGUAAAGUGUAUUAUCCAUCAUGUGGGGAAAAUAGCCUGGUGAAAACGGGCUUUGAUGUUCUCCGCGCAGGGAGGAAAUGGGCACAUGCAACACUAGAAAUAAAACUCGACAAACAUAUUGAAACCGAUUUGUUUGAUGUAAGGGACCACGUUAAUAUCAAAGUUUCUUCGAAAUAUGCAAGGGACAAACUAGGAAACGGCGAAUAUUAUGUUUCAACUAAGAGUACAAGGAAUAGAAGAGGCCUUUUCAAAACUCAUAAGUAUUCCAUUAUUCGACCAAACAAAGCUUUAAGUUCAAUGGAAGUGCAACUGAAGGAAGAUUCGACCAGCUCGUUUUGCGUAGACGCCGUGUUUUUAACAAAUGAACGCAUUAAUUUGGGCAACAAAAUAUUCUCCGUUGAACUCUUGGAUGCAACAGGAUCAAAAAAAUUUGAUGAAAGAGUGAGCUCAAUGGAUAAUUAUUUUAAAUGGACCACGGUGCGAUUUGGAAAAAGGGAUAUCGCACCGAAAAAAGGCUGGAAAAUUAAACUGACUGCCUAUGAUAAAUCACUUGUCAUUGGAGGGGUGAAAUUCUGCAAAGAAGGAGAAUUGGUUACUAAAACAAAUAUGAAGUAUGUGGAUAAUUGCUAUUCAUUGGAGAAACGAGCGCAAACCCAAAUUCCAAACACAACUCAUUUCAACGAACUUUUGUACAAACUCGGGAAUUGCAAAGAAAAUGGAGGAAAAUGUUCUGGAGACAAACUGUGCUACAGCAAGGAAAAUUGCACAUGCUUUGCUGGAUACACGGGGACUGACUGCUCAGAACCAUGCACUGCAGAGAAAAAAUUUGGCAUAAGUUGUUCUGAAACCUACUAUCGAGCAUGUUUAAACGAGAAUUUCUCUCGAAUAAACGGAAGAUGUCUGGAUGGUUGCACCAAGGGAUACGUCUACCCUGAGUGCCGAAGAAAAAUCCAAACGGUGACACCAAUAGUAAAAAGUUUUGGACAUGACACAGUUGCUCUGGAUUUACUCUCAAGUUUGAAAGGAACCGUUAACAUCAGCCAAAUUUUUAUUGAAUAUAAAAUUAGCUCGCAAUCAGAAUGGGAUAAUAUGAGUAUAAAUAUUCCAAAUGGAUUAAAGGAGUGCUCAAUCCAAAACUUGAAGCCAAAAACAGCGUACACGUUAAGAUUUACCCUUUUUGAAAAGGAUGCGAUGAAACACCCUCAAAAUUUUUUACCUGGAAAUGAAUCGAGUUUUACUACUGGCAAUGAGUGCAAGCCUUUUGAUUCUUCAGUUUUAACGGUUCUAGCUGUGAACAGCAGUACGUUUUUAAUUUACUUGACCGUUCGUGUUGGCUUAUGUACGCCAAAAUAUUUAUCGGUGGUCCACAACUCAACUGAGAUAUUAAACGAAACCGUGGUUGGAGGAAAUUUUGGGAAAUUUGUCUACAACUGCAAAUGCGGAGAGAACAGUAUUACUGUCUCUUUUUUGAACACGUCAUUAACGUUGCAAAAGAAUUUUACAUGCUCCAACUGUCCAACUCUAGUUAAAUUAGGAAAAUACUCGUCACUGCUCAUCCCAUUCACAAGCGUUUUGGCGGUUCUAGCCGUGCUCAAUAGUCUCGGAGUUUGGUUUUAUCUCAAAAAAAGGGAGAAAAUUAAGCAUUCAAACCUAUCUACCGUGCAAUUUUCAAACAACUCUGAAGUUUUAAGAAACAAGAUACUACCAACACCAACUGCUGCUGGAGCAAACCAACUCACUGGUGAUAAUACAAGCAUGCCAAUAGAUUCAAGCUCGACUGAUGUCGAAAGAUACUUGCAGAAGGCCCUUACAUUCAACCUCAAGAAAGAGUUCGAGAAAUUUACGCCAGGCCAAAAUCAAUCAUGGGACUGCGGCACCAAGUCCCAAAAUAAGAAAAAGAAUCGCUACGGUAACUUGGCCGCCUAUGAUUGUUCUCGGGUUGUACUCGAGCUUCUUCCCGGCGACGAAAAUUCCGACUACAUCAACGCCAACUACGUGGAUGGAUUUGAACGACCGAAGGCUUACAUCGCUACUCAAGGACCAAAAUUAUCAACCGUUAACGAUUUCUGGAGAAUGAUUUGUCAGGAAAAUAUUUCUGUAAUUGUUAUGGUGACGAAUCUGGUGGUAGGUGACAAGAAAAAGUGUGAAAAGUACUGGCCCGACGUCAACAGGGAAGACAUAUACGGCAACGUAGUAGUUCGCUCAGUCAAAGAGGAAAUAAACGCUGACUACGUAACUCGGACUUUAUCAAUUUCGCGCGAUAAUGCGACCCGACUCAUCAAACAAUUGCACUACACGAGCUGGCCCGACCAUGGAGUACCACUUUAUCCGCAGUCGAUGGCUCUUUUCAUCGAUAAAAUCAACCAACACAGGAACAAGAGUCCGAUUUUGAUCCACAGCAGUGCUGGAGUUGGGAAGACUGGCACAGUUAUUUUAAUUGAUGCUUGCCUUCAAAUGUUUCGUUCGCACAAUCGAAUUGAUGUGAUGAGUAUUUUCACAAAAAUGCGGUUUCAACGAGUCAAUUUAGUCGACAAUUUGGCACAAUUCGAGUUCGUCCAUUUGGUGCUCUUGGAGAUCAUUGCGAAUCCCAGGUUUGAAAUUGACUGUGCCAAAUUUAAUGAGGAAUAUAGCAAGUUAAUGUCGAACAACAGUGAAAAGCUCAAGGAGAGCUUCGCAAAAGUUGAGAUGAUUUGCGAAAAGGAUUUUCAAAGAUUGGAAACACCUGCCAGAAACGAAACGGACAAAUGCAGAUAUCCGGAUUUCAUAGCCUCGUCUAACGCGAUCGUUAAACUUUCCCCCUACGAGAAUGUGGUGACCACGAGCUUUAUCAACGCCGUUAUCGUCGACGGAUACAACAGAGCCAAGCAAUUUAUCGUCACUCAAGUGCCAAUGAAAAAUACAGUCGAGGAUUUUUGGAGGAUGAUCGACCAGUUAACCGCGAAGCAAAUCGUUGUUCUCAACGAGCCGCAUACUUCAGACGCUGAAUAUCUUCCGUCAAAGAAACGCAAAUUCGCUUUUGGUGACAUAAAGGUUACUUUGGCUGAUUCUCAAAAUAACAACAACAUCAACACCUUGGAUAUCAAGCUUCUUUCUAAAGGAAAAUGCAAAAAAGUGCGCGUCGUGUGCGCCUCGUUCGGCUGGAUGCCGCAACAAGCUGCUCCACCGAACUUGAAAGAUCUCAUCGACCUUUGGGGCACUUUGAAAAUCGCUCAUGAGGAAGAUUGCAUCCCCAUUGUUUGCCAUGACGGGGUGACUGCCAGUGGGCUUUUCCUCGCCAUGGGCUUCGUCAUCGAGAAAAUUAAGUUGGAGCAGAAGGUUGAUGCUUGGCUUGCAGUGCGAACCCUGAGGAAGUCGAGACCUUCCUUUGUUUCCUCACAAAUCCAGUUUGGGCUCGUGUACGAAGCUGCCAAACAAUAUUUGAACUCAUUUGACAACUACGGUAACUUCAAAUGAAGAGGAAAAUAAUUUUAAACCGAUCUUAUCCAAAGACAGAAGAUAUAGGUCAACUAAUCUAAUUAUUUUCUGUGUUGUAAACCAUUAUCUGACCAGCACAAUUAUAUUUAAUGUAUUAGCAAAUUUUUCUUUUUAACAGUUUAGUCAUUUAAUCUUUGAAGAAUUGAAAAUGAACGUACUAUUUUCUGUAAGAAAAUAUUUAUCCGUUGGAAGAAGUACAGAUGAUAUGAUAUAUAAAUAUCAAUAUUUUGUUAAUAAAUAGGUGUAAGUCAUUGAAGUUAUAUAUCAUUAAAAUUUUUGAAUAUUGUAAUUUUUCUCUUACCAUAUCAUGUAUCAUAUUUACUUGCGAGGGUAUCAAAAAGCCUUUAACUCAUCUCAAGCUGCCUGAUAUAAGAAACAAAAUUGUAUUUAAGUCGUACGCCGAUGGUGACCAAUAAAUGAAUGAUACAAA